AUGCCGCCACAGAUACGCGGCUUCGGCGCUGGGCCCGGCGUCGGCGCCCCCUUCCACCAGCCUGGCUUCCCGUCCCACGGUCAGCCGCAGGGCGGGCCGCUGGGCGGGAACCAAUAUCUCGGCGCGUCUGCCCAGAUGAACCCUUUUGCCGCCGCCAACGGCAACUCGUUUGGCGCUGCGGGGCUCAACGGAGGCGCCGCGGGCUUCGCCGACUCGGCGUUUGGCAGCCAAAAUGCGAGGAUGGGAUUCGCGCACGGCUCCGGGGCCACUGGCGGGCUGCAACAGCCCCAGCAUGGAGGCCAGGUCCAGCACAACGUCCUGAUGGAGCACCCGACCAUGAGGACGCAGCCGAACAAGGGGAGAAUACGAGAAGUCUGGAAACAUAACCUGCACGAGGAGAUGGCCGUACUACGAGACAUGGUGGAAAAAUACCCGUAUAUUGCUAUGGACACUGAAUUCCCGGGCGUAGUAUCAAGACCGAUGGGCUCGUUUCGAGGGAAAAGCGAUUACCACUACCAAUGCCUGCGCACCAACGUCGACAUGCUCAAGGUGAUCCAGAUCGGCAUCACCUUGUUCAACGAAGAGGGCGAAACCCCGCCGGCUCGGCCACCCUCGAACGACUUGGCAGGCAUGGCUGGAAGACGAACUGCGAACCAGGGACCGUUCCCAUACUCAUGGCAGUUCAACUUCAAGUUCUCUCUGAAGGACGACAUGUACAACGAGAAAUCCAUCGAGUCUCUCCAGCAAGCCGGCAUCGACUUCAACCUGCUCGAGCGAGAUGGAAUCGACCCGCACGAGUUUGCCGCGCUCCUGAUCCCGUCGGGCCUGGUCUGCUUUGACAACAUCAAGUGGAUCUCAUUCCACGGCGGUUACGACUUCGGCUAUCUCACCAAGCUUCUCAUCUGCACGCCGUUGCCCAACGACGAGGUGGACUUUGACCACAAGAUGAAGCUCUACUUCCCGAUGACGUACGAUGUCAAGCACCUCAUGAAGCACGCCAUCAGACUGCACAACUCUGGGCUGCUCACGCCGAGCGAUCCCAGUAGCACCGAGAUCCUGCAAAAGUUCGAGCACAAGUCGGGUCUGGAGAACAUUGCCGAGACGCUCAAGGUCAAGCGCAUUGGGGCCGCUCACCAGGCCGGCUCCGACUCGCUCCUGACAGGCAAGGUGUUUUUCCAGAUGCGCGACAAGAUCUUCAACGGCGACAUCCCCGACGAGCACGUCGGCAAGGUUUGGGGCCUGGGUAUCCCGGAUGUCGGCCUCCUGACCUCGUCCAUGAUGAACGCGAGCCAUGCUGGCGGCGGCGACCAGCAACAGACCAACGGUGGCGCGCCUAGUACGCCCAAUACCGGCACCGUCGGCCUUGUUACCACGCCUGCCGCGCAGAGCCACAACACCAACGGCCUCUCCAACAUGGGCCCGAUGACUCCCGGAGGCGGAGGCGGAGUCUUUGGCAACUUUGCUUUUGCAGGAAACAACCGGUAA